GUACCUGUAGACGCAGCGGUAGCCAAGUGUGAAAAGAGUGUGCACAAUAAUACUAUAACCAAAGACGUCUGUCUCUGCUGUUGUGUCAACAUCAGUUACAUGUAGCGACGGUCUGACAAACGUCCUCAACAGGUCAAAACAAGACACGCAGCCAGGCCACGGGUUUAUUUCACCACAUUAACCACAAGCUGGUGAUGUCACCUUCAGGGCGGGCAGUCUAACAGUUUGUCCCAGGAUGAGGAGACAUUUUGGGUUGGCACUGCUCUUGCUGCUGUCAGCAGCUGUGGAGUCCAACAGCAUGUCUCCACCAGGGAAACCAGUCCUGCUCGGCUGCAGGUCCCCUGAGAAGGAGACGUUCACCUGCUGGUGGGAGCCAGGCUCCGACGGAGGGCUGCCGACCACACACCGCCUGUAUUAUGAGAGAGAAAGAUUGGAGGGAACGUACGAGUGUCCGGACUAUCGGUCAGCAGGGAGGAACUCCUGUUUCUUUGACAAGAACCACACCUCCAUCUGGGUUGACUACUACCUGACGGUGGUGGCUUCCAACAUCCUCGGGAAUGCCACUUCAGACACCUUUAAGAUGGACGUGAUGGAAAUAGUGAAACCAUACACUCCUGAGAACGUGACUCUUCAGGUGGAGGAGAGAGAGGACAGCCCAUGUCUCCGUGUCAGAUGGGAGCCUCCCUAUAACAUAGACACCAAGUCCGGCUGGGUCACCAUUAAAUAUGAAUUAAGAAUCAAACAAGGAAACAACAAGUGGAAGGAGUACAGGUCAGGCACACAAACGUACUUCAGCCUGUACGGCGUCAGUCCUGGGGCGGUGUACACAGUUCAGGUGCACUGUAGACUGGACCACGGUGCCUGGAGUGAGUGGAGCAACACCACCUAUGUGAAAAUCCCCAACUAUCUUCAUAAUGACAGACUGUUUUGGAUAAUGGUUUCUGUCCUGUCUGCAGUUCCAGUUAUAACAGCAGUGAGCAUCCUGGUCAUAAAGAGGAAACAUGUGAAGCAGUUUGUUCUGCCCCCUGUUCCUGGUCCAAAGAUAAGAGGAGUUGAUGUCCAACUUCUCAAGAGUAGGGGAUCUGAAGAUGUCGACGGUGUCCUGAUCAACAACCCGAGCUUUCCUCCUAUGGUGGCCUGGAAGGACCAGAUGGAGGAAUACCUUAUCGUGACGGACAAUGAUGACGGGCUUUCCUCGCAUUCUCAACAAAGGAAGAAAAGCCUGAUUAUUCCUGCUGGCUUCCUCUUAGACACAGAAAUCUAUUGUAAGGAGUCAACGCUGGCUGGGGAGAGAAAGAACGAAACAGAAAACACCAUCGAACCCUUCACAAACAGCGGUUAUGUGGAUAUUCAGAGACAUGUGGAGAACUUACAGGGGGUGGAUGUGAAACAGGUGGACUACAGCAGAGUCAAAGAGGUGAACAGUGACAAUGUUCUCAUCCUCAAGAAAGAAAACACCAAGGCUGCUCAGAGACAAGAGGAAGACAUACCAGAGGACUACAGCCAGGUGAAAGAGGUGGACAGUGACAAUAUGAUCCUCCUGCAGACACAAAGUCCAUCAGUAGACACGUCCUGUGGAGAGAAGGGAAACCACUACACAGACUUUGCCCUUCAGAGGCAAAGAAAACCUCACGUGUGCACAGAACUCAUUGACAGCGGAUAUGUAGAUACCAUCCCUACACCACCUUUAAUGUAGAGUGUUGUUUUAUAUGCAGUGUCCCCAGUGAUGUUGAGGGUUUAAGGCUGCAGAUAUUUUAUGUUUCUGUCAUUAUUACUGGAUGAGUUGCCAUGAAGUUUGGCACAGACAUUCAUGGUCACCAGAGGAUGAAUCUGCAUGACUGGUGAUCCCCUGAUCUUUUCCUACAGCAUCAUGUGUGGUUUGUGGUUCAGAGUGACAUAUCUUGAAUCAUGGGUAGAUUGUUGAGAAAUCUAUUACAGAUAUUCAAGGUCUUUUGAAGUCUAACUUUGGUAUUUUUUUUAACCUGAACCUUUUUUCCCAUAUUUUUGUGCCUAAUUAAUGCAAACAACAAUUUUUGUAUUAUGUCCAGCAUAGAGAGGGCUGCAGCAGGCAGCAAUGCAAUGUCUGUAAUGUAAUCAUAUAGGAAAACUGUCAUUGUACGUCCAUUAUAAAUUGUUAUUUUUGCUGCAGACAGACUCA